CAGUCUAGUAGACCUUCUAACACGGUGGCUCAGUCCUCUGGGGGCGGUAUCUGGGCGGUUCUGGGCACGCUCCUCUACCCUCUGCUGGCUGUGUGGAGAUUCCUCAGCUCCUUCCUGUUUACAGCCCCGCCCCCUCCUGGAACGUCAUCCAGAGACCCCGUCCAGCACCAGUCCAACUCCUACUCAAACUCCACAGCAACAUCGGACAAAACAAAGCGGGAAACUCUGUCCAAACACUCGGUGGAGAAGCGUCCCAGAGACUUCAAGAAAGACGGUAAAGUUUGCCGUCUGAGGACUCAGGAGGACAGCGAGGACGACAACAACACCUGGAACGGGAACUCCACCCAGCAGAUGUAGCGCCCCCCUCAGGCUUUGUGUUGUAAUAGUUCAGUCUGAUCCUUAUCUUCUCCUCCUGUGUUCAAGGCUCUGCUCCAUGCUUGUUCAUUAAAUCAAUAAUCAUUUAUUGAUCCUCUCUGGGCUCAGGGUCAGGGUAAGACUGUGUCUGAUCCUGGUUUACCCUAGACCGGCUCAGGUAACAGCACAGUCAGAACCAACCAGGUCCAAACAAGUCUAUGUAAACCCGGUCUAUGUAGCCCUGGUCUAUGUUUAACUGGUCUAUGUAGACCAGGUCAAUGAAUACCAGGACUAUGUGAACCAGGCCUAACUCUCUAUAAUGCUCUGCUGUCAGUGACCUUUGACCUACCUGUUGUAAUGUGAGCCAGCUGAUGGAGUCUCUCUGAUCGUUCAACUUUGAACUCACCAGGAUGAUUACCUGACCUUUGACCGUUUUGUUUAACAUGUUUUAUCACACACACACACACACACACACACACACACACACACACACACACACACACACACACACACACACACACACACACACACACACACACACACACACACACACACACACACACACACACACACCUGUUGGUACCAACAGUGGAUGGCUUGUGUAGAUCUAAUUAACUAUGAAAAAUAAAGCAGCGUGUUUUUCACAAAGUCUGA